AUGAUUUUACCUCCUGGUUUUCAGAAUGAUAAUAAGCAGGUUUGCAGGCUACUGAGAUCCUUAUAUGGACUAAAGCAGGCUAGUAGACAGUGGAAUGCUAAGCUAACAAUGGCUCUGCAAGACAUUAGCUUCCAGCAGUCCACAGCAGAUCCAUCCUUAUUUACUAAAACCUUAGACACAUCCUUCAUAGCUCUCCUGAUCUAUGUUGAUGAUAUUUUGGUUGUAGGAUCAGAUUUUCAACAGAUUAGCAAGCUGAAGCAGUUCUUGGACAAGACUUUCAGAAUAAAAGAUCUUGGCCAUCUAAACUAUUUUCUAGGUCUUGAAGCAUUCAGAUCAUCUAAUGGGCUUAACCUGUGCCAGAGGAAAUACACUCUUGAAAUCCUAGAGGAGAAUGGUUUUUUGGAUGCUAAACCUGCUCACACACCCAUUAACACAGGCCAAAAGCUUACCAAUUCUGAAGGGACAAUCCUUGAUCAACCAGAAAUCUAUAGAAGGCUGGUUGGGAAGUUGCUUUACUUAACAAACACCAGACCAGGCAUUUCAUAUGCAGUCCAACAACUAAGUCAAUUUGUUGACAAGUCUAGAGAUACACACCUUGUGGCUGCUCAUAGGGUACUAAGGUACCUAAAGGGAUCUCCUGGAAAGGGAUUGUUCUAUCCAACAAACUCUAGAAUCAGAUUACAAGGCUUUUCUGACUCUGAUUGGGUCUCUUGUGCAGAAACUAGAAAAUCAGUUACAGGUUAUUGUAUCUAUCUUGGAGAGUCCUUAAUAUCAUGGAAGACAAAGAAGCAAGUCAUUGUAUCCAGAUCAUCAUUUGAAGCUGAAUACAGAGCCCUAUCUUCUACAGAGAAAAUCAUGUUUUCCAUGAAUGCACUAAGCACAUUGAGAUUGAUUGCCAUGUUGUCAAGCAAAAGGUAUGUGAAGGAGUGA